CGACUCGCUCCUGUCAGUGUCUACAAAAACGCUGCAGAAGAAACGGAAACACCGCCUCCACCUCUUCGGACGCAUAGCACUUCGGCUCUUCAGCCACAUGAACAAUUUGCUCACAAGUUGAAUAAGCCAUUACCUCCGAUCCCCACAGAAGAUGGAAAAAAGGAUAGAAAAAAGUCAAAAAACAAAAAUCUCAAAACGAAACCUAAUACAAUGCCCAACAUUUCCGCCCCAAUGAGCGUUCUCCACAAGAUACACAUUACGAUAGAUCCAAACACCGGGGAAUUAGAAGGAAUGCCUGAAGAGUGGGUCCGGAUUUUCGGCGAGGCUGGGAUCACUCAAUUUGAACAACAACGGAAUCCUCGUCUCUGUCUGAGUGUAUUGAAUAUUCUGUCAAAAUCAGAACAUCCACAAGAAAAGUUCAUGUUUGUCCCUUAUGAACAAUCGGCGCUGCCGGUGACUGAUAAUUCACCGUUCGGUGACACAAGUAUCGCCCACAACUACGCUGAUCAUCAUUUUAAAGCAAGCACUCCAGAAAAUGAGGGAUCUUCAUUUUAUUCGCGAGUUCCCGGUCCGUGCACAGUUGGUGUUCGUAGCAGUAGUCUGAGCAGUGGGAGGGGUAGCAGCGAGGGCGUGGGAAGUCGAAGUGGAAGCGGUAGUGGUGGUGCGGCAAGUCGCAGCAGCAGUAGUGGUCAUGGGGGUGCUGGUUUUCCACUUCCUGUGACCAGCGUCCCUGCAAAUGGCCGCAGUUCCGCUCCUGGUCCUAAUAGCAUGACAGUAACCUCAGGCAGCCACAGUAGCUCUGGCAGUAACUGCAGUACUGGCAGUCUCACUGGUGGUAUGGAACUGAACAAUACAAUGUUGGCUACAACUCAGCGAACUGGACCAAACAGUGUGCUUGUUAAUGGCCAUUCCACUGGGAACCACUUCCAUGGGGGUGUAACACAGCGUGUUACCGCCUCCGCGGCCCCAACCGAAUGUAACGUUUUACCAACGUACAGUGGAUCCAGUUCGUCGUACCAGCCAACCUCGUUCCAGUCCAUGGCAGCGCAUACACCGCCUGCGUACACCCUACGUCAAAUUCCUCCAGCGCACUCAGUUGGAUAUCCAUACACAUCAACGGCGCCUACCUCGGAAUCAAUUAUUCUGACAGCUCCGACCACGACACCCUCUUCGACUGUUUAUCACACGACGCAAGGGAGCGCCAUUGUCAAACCACUCAGUGAUAACCAACCCCAACGUGACAAACUGCCCUAUUUUAUGCACAAAUCCCAGUGGCAUUCAAACGUGACAGGACACGUCCCACUCUCGCCUGGCUUACCCAGACGAUUUGUUGAUGGCGUUCUCCCUCCAGAAACUUCAGCCCAUAUUCAGUACUCCUCUGGACAGUCUUCCCCUUCACCUGCUGGCUCCGCUACGCCUGUUCCGACUCCACGCCGUGAAUCCUUAGCCGGAUCAGUUCCAAUGCGAGCUGGGCCUGCUCCUCCUGCUCUUGCAACGCAUGAACUGUCGUCUGACGCCAACUACACUCUUACUCCUCCUCCGGUGGCUACUCGUCCAGAGAAGACAAAGUCUAUUUACACCAAGCCUGUCGAAGCCCAGUGUGAUGAACACCUAAUAUUAGGCGAUGAACAGGAUGCAUCCAGACGUUCCUUGGAAACCCCGGUUCCACCACAAACGACCGCCUUAAUCUAUGGUUCAGAAAACGAAACAAGGAUCAAUGUCACCGAAUUGCCCACAGUUCAUUCAGAUGGGAAUAAUUCUUCUGUUCAUGCUUAUCAGCAAGCAAAUGAAAGCCGACCCCUCAAGCCAAACACUCUGGAGAGGCAUGGUCAAAAGAAGGUUCGUCCAAAAAUAUCGGAUGAGGCAAUACAGGAGAAGUUACGAAUGAUCGUCAGCAUCGGUGAUCCGAACCGAAAGUACCAACGCCAAGAGAAGAUUGGACAAGGUGCUUCUGGAACAGUUUAUGGCGGUAUCGAGGUUGCGACCGGUCGACGGGUUGCCAUCAAACAGAUGAACUUAAAACAGCAACCAAAAAAGGAGCUGAUUGUUAACGAGAUAUAUGUGAUGAAAGCCAAAAAACAUCCAAACGUGGUAAAUUAUUUGGACAGCUACCUUGUAGCUGAUGAACUCUGGGUUGUCAUGGAAUACUUGGAUGGAGGCUCUCUAACCGAAGUGGUGACCGAAACAUAUAUGGAAGAAGGGCAGAUUGCGGCUGUUUGUAGAGAGUGCUUGCAAGCAUUGGACUUCCUACACAAGAAUCAAGUCAUUCACCGUGAUAUCAAAUCCGAUAAUAUUUUACUCGGUUUGGACGGAUCAGUCAAAUUGACGGAUUUCGGAUUUUGUGCCCAGUUGAGUUCGGAACAGAACAAACGCUCAACCAUGGUGGGCACCCCGUACUGGAUGGCACCAGAGGUAGUCACACGCAAGCAAUACGGGCCCAAGGUAGAUAUUUGGUCACUCGGCAUAAUGGCAAUUGAGAUGUUGGAUGGUGAACCUCCUUAUCUGAAUGAGAAUCCCGUGCGCGCGCUUUAUCUUAUUGGGACAAACGGAAAACCGGAAAUUAAGGAGCGCGACAAACUGAGCCCAGAAUUUCAAGAUUUCCUAGAUUUGUGCCUAGAAGUCAAGGUGGAAAAGCGAGCGACCGCUCAAGAACUGCUACAGCAUCCGUUCAUCGUCAAAUGUGCCAAACCACUCUCCUCCUUAACACCACUUAUUUUAGUCGCCCGGGAACAAGCACGACAACACAAUGAUUGAAAACUGCAACAUCCUCGCUUCAUGAAGACUACUUUGUUGUGCUAACACUGGUAUAUCCGACCCAUUUGGUUUUACUGUCAGAGCCACAUUCAUCUUUUCCGCUCAUCGCCUCUGCCUUUUUAUCCCAAAACCCACCAGACAUAUACGGGGGCGCUCAAAGUUAUUUUUACUACCCUCUGACAGGACAUGUCUCGUUGCUGUCCUAACCUCGACUUAUGUUCCACUUCCUUGUUGAUAAAUCGCCCACCUGCUCUCUUUUUCACUACCUUUAGCAUAUUUUCUCUCGUGACGGACACCGAGCUAUGGAAUUGUUACAGACAGAUAAUUUUCGUUCGUUCGGUUAGUACUUGCGCUACACACUUCCGUUCUCUAUCCUGAAUGGAGAACCAUGUAUAUAUAGGUCAACAAUCCUACAAGCUUUCCGCAUAUUUUCUGGGUUUCAACCCGUACUCUAGGUCUUUCCGUUGGUUUAUUGCUAUUUGGCUUGUCGAUCCGACUACGCUCUCCACCGAUUCACUGUGUUACUGUUGCCCAGUGCAAUGUGGACAUACAAACCAACCUCUUCCCAUGGUCCGUCAAAUUACCAAAUACCCUUUGUCUUCCUGACCGUUUAUCCAUACUCAUUUCUCCUGUGUAUCUGACAUCCAGACUGAUCGGGCGGCAACGGGCAGCUUCAGACGCCGUCCGCCCAUCGAUCCUACCUGCGGGGACUCAUCACAAAGCUGGCAACAUAUGACUUCAUUUUUGUCGAUAUUCUCGAACAAGCAUAUUACUUUGUCCUUUAACUGUAAUUUGGUUAUCUCAUCUUUGGAAAAUCUUGUUUUCGCGCCAUA